AUGAGUUCGAGCGCGAUAAGAUUAAGUGGUGUUAGAAGUUUAUUAAGUAAUCCUAUAUUGAUAUUGGAAAGACAAAUAGAGUUCGGAAACAUUAUAUUUGGCUUUGAACAAAACAAUCGAUAUAGGAUAAGUAAUGUGAACAAUGAAACUGUUGGAUGGGCAGUAGAGAGACAGAGGUCUUUUGGGCAAAUGAUGAUGAGGCAGUUGACUAAACUUCAUCGUCCAUUUGUUGUAGAUCUUUUUGACCAGAACGAUAAUUAUUUGUUCAAGAUAGACAGAAAAUUUUCCUUUAUUAAUUCAAAACUUAAAGUGUGGUCAAAUGAUGAAUAUACGAAUAAUGAGCCAACAUCUGAAGGUAUUCUAAUUGGAGAAACUGUUCAAAGUUGGCAUUUAUGGAGAAGAAGAUACAAUUUAUUUGUCCAAGAGUUUAAGAAGAGGCAACAUAAUGAAAAUAUUGACGGUGGUGAUAGUGCAUCGCAUAUGUUAAGUCAAUUUGGUGCAAUUGAUGCCCCAUUUCUCUCCUUUGAAUUCCCAUUGAUGGAUGAGCAAAACAAAAUUUUAGCAAGUGUUGACAGAAAUUGGGUAGGUUUAGGUAGAGAGUUCCUUACUGACACAGGUGUGUAUGUUGUUCGAUUUGAUGCUAAGAAUAGUUUCAAAGGUGUUUAUGAUCCUAGUGUUUUAAGUGACCAUGUAUUAAACCUAGAUCAAAGAGCAAUCCUACUAGCAAAUGCAAUCUCCAUUGAUUUUGAUUAUUUUUCGAGACAUUCUAGGGGUCUUGGAAGUGGAGGAUUCUUACCAUUCGGUGUAUAUGAUGAAUGA